CUUAUCGACAAUAACCAGAUGUUUACGCACGUUUUCCUAAUUUUUGUUGUUGUUUUGCUAUUUUGUAAACAAUACUCAGGAAUAAAUAAAUAAAAAAAUAUAAUUUUCAACAUGUUAGCCCCCAUAAAGCAUUUACUUCCCUCAAAACGCAUUAUCUUAGCCUCUGGUUCCCCAAGGAGGCAGGAAUUGGUAAAGUCACUGGGCCUCAAUGCCGAACUUUGUCCUUCCACAUUUGAGGAAAACCUCAAUGCCGCAGACUUUAAGGAUUUCUCCCAGUUUAUAGUAGCUACAGCUUUGAGAAAAGCCGAUGAGGUGUACGAGCGUUUAAAGUCCGAUGACAAUCAGGAAAACUUGUUGGUAAUAGCAGCUGAUACCAUGGUGACUAUGGGUCCUGAGAUAUAUGGUAAACCAAAGGAUAGCAAUGAGGCGUUUAAAAUGUUAACUAGUCUUGCAGGAAAGUGCAAUCGUGUCUUUACUGGCGUAGUUUUGAAACAUUCCAAAGGUGUUCGCAGCUUUACAGAAACUGCUGACGUUUAUUUUGGCCAUUUGACAAAUGAACAGAUUCAAGCCUAUGUAGAUAGUGGAGAACCGCUAGAUAAGGCCGGUGGUUAUGGUGUUCAAGGUGCUGGUGGAGCCUUAAUAUCCCGCAUUGAUGGUGAUUAUUACUGUGUCAUGGGUUUACCUCUGCAUCGCUUAUGCUGUGAAUUGAACAAAUUAUUCCUAGAAGAUAUAGCGUAGGAAUUUAGUUUUACAUUCUAGUCUAUAGACAAAAUAAUUUUUAACGUUGUUUUACUGAAACAAAAAUCUUUGGUUAUUAUUGAGAACCAAUACAUCCCAACUUGUACAUGAUCAAAGAGAAAGCUCCCUUAGCCUCACGGCAGUGGUCGCAGCAAUUUGUCUAGCCACAAUGUCCAUGGUGUGGUCCUUAUUGCGGCUGUGAUGCACAAACAAGCCAUCCUUUGGAUCCGGCUGAGUAUUGAACAGUAGAUGGACUUCAAUAUGGGACUG